AUGGCUCAUCUCUUUGAUAUCCUCCUUGUCGCCCUUCUGGGCUUAGCAAGCAUUCUCACCACCGUCUCUCAAGAUUGUCCAGACCUCUUCCUCAAGGCCAAGGCUAGGCCGAACGCUAAACACAGCAUCCUUGCAGGCAAGGGCCAGGCCAGGCUAACCAUUACCUUGACCAGCAAAGACCCCGUCGACAACUUGGAGUUCCAAGUUAAUCUCCCAAACGGCUUAUCCGUGGAGCGAGUAGCGAUGCGCCCAUCCCCGAAACCCUUUACCUCUCCAGAAAUCGUUAGAAAUGCGGAUGGAACGACUGUGAUCUACUGGCUCAACAUUGCAUUCGCCAAAAGUAAGGGCGGGAAACGCCGCUUCCGCGUCAAGGUGAAGGCUGAUGACUGCGCCCCUGAGUCAUUACGGUUGAAUGCUUUUGCCUAUACAGUAAAUGGCACAGGAGCCUCAUGCAUCACACCACUGGCCAAGUCCGCAACAGUAAAC